AUGCAACACAUUAAAUCAAAUAGUGCUUUAGUAUCUAUUGCUCGUCAAAAUGCUCGUAAUUUUAUUAAUGCAAAAAAUACCGCUGUAUUAACUCAUAACAGUAGUCAUACUGGUGGUUUCUCAAAUAGAGGAACCACAACAACUGGUGGUGGUAAUGGAGUAAAAUAUUGUGGAUCCAAAUUUAAUCAAAGCUCUCAAUUUUCUACAAGUUCUAACAGUCUUCUUCAUCAAAAUUUUAAUAAUAAUUUAAAUUCUAUAAAUGAUUUCUUUAAUUCUGGUUUAUGUUUUGGCAAUAGUAAAUCAGAUUCAUCAUACAAUCACCAAUCUUUUUUUUCAACAGAUGAUUUCAACAAUCAUAUAUUAGAAAUAAUACAAGCAUCCUCUUCAAAUACAGAAAAAUUGUUUGAAAUUGAAAAAGAAUUUUCAAGUAUAAAAAAUUAUGGUUUAACUCCAAACACCCAGACAUAUAAUCUUCUACUUGAAACAAUUUGUAAAUCAAGACUUGAAAAUUAUUCGAUUUCCAAAUUAAAGAAUUAUUUUAAUCAGAUGCUUAAGGAACAAAUUGAACCAGAUUUUUUGACUUUUUUUAUUUUAAUAAAAAAUAUAUGUAAAAGAGAUCAUGAGAUUUACAAUCAAAAAAAUUUUUGGGAGUUGAGAUUGAAGAUGGACGGUGAUGAUCUUUUUGCUCUUAAGAAAAUUGAAAAUAUUAACGCCGAAGAAAAAAAUUUAGAUUUUGCACUUGGUUUGUUCAAAGACAGUCUUAUAUUCAUCGAUUAUGAUGGUGAAACAUGCGAUAUGCUGUUACGUUCUCUUGCCGAACGUGUCAGAGUUGAAGAUGCGAUGUUUAUAUUUCAUUACAUGAGUACAAAUAAUAUCACCUCACAAUUUACAUAUUGCUAUUUAAUUUCUUUGUAUGGAAACCUUGGUGACAUCGAAAAAACAUUGGAAUACUAUAACGAGUACAUCUCAACAACUACAACCACUUCAUAUUAUAAUUAUAAUAAAGAGCCAUUAUCCAUAUAUAAUUAUUUAAUUUCUGCUUAUAUAAGGUGUAGUGAUAUCACAAGUGCGUUAAAUAUAAUAGAAAAAAUUAUUCCUGAAAAUGGUCUUUUGCCAAACGAAUGGUCUUAUUACUAUUUAAUAAGAGAUUUAUGUGCAAUUGGUGAAAUUGAUUUGGCCGAAGAAUGGUUCAGUAGAUUAAGGGACGAUCCUUCAUUACCUAAUCCAUCUGCUCAAGCAUACUCUACAUUGUUGUUAUAUCAUUCAACAAACGGCGAUUAUCAAAAAGCAGCCGAGAUAUAUUAUGACAUGAAAACGGAGCAUUUACAUCUUAAAUAUUUGGAAUUCAGCGUCUACCUUUAUUCAACAGUCAACCAUGAUCCCGACAACAUAAAAAAUAUACUGGAUGAUUCAUUUCAACUAGGUCAAGCCCCCGACUAUUUUCUUACAAAAGUAAUAAUUGAUCAUUAUCUUGAAAAUGAAAACCCUUUGGAAGCAUUAGAUAUUAUGACCAGGAUAUUGAUAAGCUUUGAAAAUUCGAAAUACAGAUCAGAAAAUAUUACGCAUUACGAAGAAUUAUUAAACAAGUUGAUUUUGGAUUCUAGAAUUGAUUUGAAAGAUUCGAUUGAUAUGAAAUUUAAAUUUUAUAAUCAAAAUUUCAGAAUACCACCUUUAAUCCACCACACGUUAAUCAAAAAAUACAACCAACUUAAAUGCGAAUCAAACUUCAUCUCUCAAUUAAAAUCACUGCCAGAUACUUAUAUCACCUGUUUAUUCGAUAGUUUUGGAGCAAAAAUCUUUUUGUUUGAAAAAUUUAAAGAUAAAAAGGAUAAAAAUAUCAAAUAUGUGGAUGGGUUAUUAAUGUUAAUGAAAGAUUUUGUCUCGGCCGAGAUUACAAUUCCUUACAACACCGCAAGAAAAUAUCACGAACAUUUGAAAGGGUUGAACGAAAAUAAUGCAGCUGAGGAAUGGGAUCAAUUAUAUUCAAAAAUGUAUAGUAUUGACAAACAAAUGCCAACUAAAAAAAUAUUUGGUCGACAACCUACAAUGUUGGAAAUUAAUCGUUCAUCUGAAUUAGCAAAUAUUUGUAGAGGUACUACCAAUAUUGAGGUUGGUGCAGUAUUGAAGGGAAUCAAGAAAAUGUUAAGCGAAGAUUUAUUGCCGACACCGGAACUUAUUAGUCAAGCAAUUCGAAACUUGGGAAAAGCUAGAAAUUUAAAAGAGGCAAAAGAAAUUUACGAAUUAUCUUUGGAAUUUUGUAAUCAAUGGGAUGGUCAGGUUAGAGAUAGAUCAUUAUACUAUUCUCGUAACAGUAUGUUGGUCGCAUAUGCCAGUAAUCAUAUGGUGGAUGAAGCAUUUCAAAUUUACAAUGAAAUCAUUGAAAGUGGACAUCAUCCUGAUGCGAGUGCCUAUGCAGAUCUUUUGGUUGCUGAGGGUUCGCAUGACCCUGAUGAAGCCUCGACUGCUUUAAAACUUUACUCUGAAAUAAAAAGAUUCAAUAUCAGACCAACAAUUUACCUUUAUAAUGUUUUGAUUAGUAAAUUGGGUAAAGCACGUAAAUAUGACUUGGUAUGGGAGACAUACGAAGAUAUGAAAAAACAUAGGAUUUCUCCUAACGUUAUCACAUAUAGUGCCUUGAUUUCAGCUUGUACUCGAGUUAAAUCCGAAGAAAAGGCCAUUUCAUUGUUUCAAGAGAUGGAGAAUUCUCCCAAUUUUCAACCAAGAAUUGGUCCUUACAACACAAUGAUGCAAUUUUAUACAUGGGAUUUGCAUAAUAGAGAAAAGGCCUUCAAAUAUUUUGACGAGAUCCAAAAAUACGGAUUACUACCAUCUGAACACACUUAUAAAUUGUUGAUUGAUGCUUAUGUUACAAUUGAACCGUUUGAUACAAAGUCCGCAUUAGAUGUCUUUGAACAAAUGAGAAUGAAUGGAUCAGCACCACAAGCAACUCAUUACGCGUCAUUGAUUUAUGGAUAUGGGUGUUGUCAAGGCGAUAUAGAAAAUGCACUUAACGUCUUCAACACUAUGGAGUCUUUGUAUAAUGUUAGACCUGAUGAGAAUGCUUAUCAAGCAUUGUUUGAUGCUUUGAUAGCUAAUAAUAGAAUGGAAGAAGCAGAAGAAUAUUAUGAAUUAAUGUUAAACCAAGAAGAUGUCGAGUCAACACCAUAUAUUGAAAAUUUAUUUAUUAGAGGGUAUGGCCAACUGGGUCAAUGGGAAAGAGCGGAAACAGUAUUUGAAAAUAUGAUUGAUUUAAAUGAAAUUAAUGAUCGUGAAGGUGUACCGAGAGAACCUAGUACAUAUGAAGAAAUGGUUAAAGCAUUUGUUAUUAAUGGAGAAGUUGAAAAGGCAAAAGAAGUUGCCAGAGUUCUGGAACAUAAAUAUUUUCCAGAGACU